AUGUCCAAGAACACAAUACAAAACUUUAUAACAAGGCCCAUUGUACGUAAUUUUGUUAUUAAACAUAACAGUUUUAAUAAUAUACGUCUUUUUAGUACCAACAACAGCAUUAGUUCAUCUACUCCUGAAGAAAAAUUGAUAAGUGAAAAGUUAAAAAAUAGUUUAAACCCAUCCUAUCUAAACGUCAUGGAUAUUAGCGGCGGCUGUGGUAGUAUGUUUGCCAUUGAAGUUACCAGUAAAAAAUUUAAUGAUUUGAAUAUCGUUAAACAACAUAAAUUGAUUAAUCAGAUUUUAAAGGAAGAUAUACCUAAAUGGCAUGGAUUACAAUUGAAAACCAAAAAGGACUUAUCUUAA